UUUGCGUUCCGCAUAAUUGACAUUUCUCCGGGCGUCACAAAGACUCCAACUUUGCCCAGUUUCGAAGUCGCAAGCGAGCGAGGAGGAGGCCUCGAAUCUUGAUUAAUUAAUUAAUUAAGUAUUUAAUUAGUUUUAAUUGAUCGAUCGAUCAGGAACUGAGAGGAGGAGGACGAGCAGUGGAAGCACAAGUUGCCCAAUUGGAAAGCGAGAAAAUUUAGUUUUGGGGAAAUGGGAGCUUGUGUUUCGAGGCCGAAGGACUGCUGUUUCGGAUUCUCGAAGAAGAAAAAGAAGAAUGGCGGCGGCCGCCGCCAGAGACGAGUCAUUCGCCGGCGCGUUUCGUCGUCCUCCGAUCGCUCCGUUCCUGCACUCCAAGGAAGUAUGGAUGGGGCGUUUUUUGAUGCAAUUUCGGCGAUCGAGUCGGAGCGAGAUGACGAUUUUUACAGUGUUUAUGAUGAUGUGAUGUCAUUAAACGAGUCGGAAAGUGCGUUGAGUGUUUUGUCACCGAGAGGUCUUUCUCGGCAGGCACACAAACCGCCGCCAUUGCAUUCCACAUCCGCUGUGUCUGCGGAGGAGAGCGUGGACGAAAAUGGCGGAGGGGACAGAAUGCAGGGACUGGAUCACUGUGGGAUUCUUCAAAAUUCUUGCUUGCCUUGUCGUCCUUCCAAUAGCCUGUCGGGCGACAAAAGAAUAACCACGGCGACGCCAAGUUUGAGGAGGAAAGUCCUUUCGUUUAAAUGGAGGGAAGGGCAUUCUGCUGCAGCUGCAGUUGCAGUUGAUCACACCCCCACAUUACUUUCACCGAGAUCGCUUGCGACAAGACCACUAGCCGGUUCUACAAUUCCGUACUGUCCCAUUGAGAAGAGAAUGCCAGAUUGUUGGUCACCUCUCGAGCCAAACACUUUCAAAGUCCGGGGUAAAAAUUAUCUUAGGGAUAAGAAGAAAGAAAUUGCUCCGAAUUGUGCUGCAUUUUAUCCUUUUGCCGCUGAUGUUUUCGUAUCUCAGAAAAAGAUUGAUCACAUUGCUCGAUUUGUGAAACUUCCGGUUGUGAGUACCACCGGAGAUGUCCCUUCUAUUCUUGUUGUAAACGUUCAGAUACCACUUUAUCCAGCCAAUUUUUUCAUAGGCGAUGGUGAUGGAGAAGGAAUGAACUUGGUUAUGUAUUAUAAGAUUUCUGAAACUUAUUCGAAGGAGCUUCCUCCUCAUUUCCGUGAAAGUAUCACUAGAUUAAUCAAUGAUGAAGUGGAGAGAGUUAGAGGAUUCCCUGUCGAUACAAUUGCACCCUUCAGGGAAAGAUUGAAAAUUUUGGGCCGAGUGGCAAAUUUGGAGGAUCUUCAUUUAAGCACAGCCGAGAAGAAGCUAAUGAAUGCUUACAAUGAAAAACCUGUUCUUUCACGUCCUCAGCAUGAAUUUUUCUUGGGAGAAAACUACUUCGAGAUUGAUUUGGAUAUGCAUAGAUUCAGCUACAUCUCGAGAAAAGGUAUUGAAGCAUUUCACGAAAGAAUGAAGCUGACGAUAUUGGAUUUUGGUCUCACAAUUCAGGGGAACAAAGCAGAAGACUUGCCGGAGCAUUUGUUAUGCUGCAUACGGUUGAACGAAGUUGACUACAAUAAUAAAUCAUUACCGGGGGUUCUGAAUCAAAAGUUUCUGUAAUCCCAACACAAUACUCGAGUUUUUCAAAUCGAUAAAUAACAGAAAAACAAGUUAACUAAUCCGAGAACAUAUCGAGUCUCAAAAUCUUAGUUUUGAGCAUCUUCAAUUUGUAUGUAUAUAGAAUUUUGAAUGUACAGUUUCAGCAUGAAGAGUGAAAUAAAGAGAACAUAAAAUUUUAUUCA